ACCUCAUUUAUUUGUCUGUCUACUUCAGCACUAUGCACAACUGGAUAUCUAUAAAGUUUGGUAUAAGUCGGCGAAUCCGUCUUAGUUCUAAUGCUAUAUCGUAUAACACCAGUAAACGGUAAAUUGGUUCCUUCUUCAUAAAAUAUCUCUCGAUGUUAACAAGUUUAAUAUUGAAAGUAGGUAACAUUGUUCUCUAUUUCGGAUUGUAAUGUCUAGAAUAAAUUCAGCACCAGUAUCUAUAGUAAAUUUUUGUGUUUUCAAUCUCGUGUUUAUGACUAUAUGGGGUAAUUUACUUGAUCGCCAAAGUGAACAUUUUAGUUAUUUUCGUUCAUGCCUAUAUCCAUUGGCUCAAGUGUUCUCUAUGAAAAGAGUUGUUGUUAUGAGGAUAUUGGAUACGUCUAGUCGUAUGAUUAUAUUGUGUGCUAUGGUUUGUUUGUUGGUUGUGGUUUUCUGUUCUGUGUGUCUGAUGUUAAAAACUUUGGUGGAAAUUGAAAUUGAUUGCGAUAUCGUCCCGAUUGUGUAGAACUAAUGUUUGUUUGAAAUUCCGUCCAUUUUUAUUAUUGUUCUGCGUUGAGGCCUACUAUUUGAAUUUGAGACUUUAUAAUUUAAGUAACCGCAUGACUUUAUAAUGUGAAAAACUUCUUUUAGACUUGUUGGGUUUCAACUUACGAUUAUGCUUUUUACAGGUUCCGGUAAGCCGUUCUUUUUACUUUAGUUUAGAUUUCAAAUUAUAAUAUAAGUUAUUAUAAUAUAACUUUUCGUAUACUUAUAUUAGUACUUAAAUACGUCGAAGUUUGUGUCUGAAGAACGUGAUAUUUGCGGGCAUUUCUUCUUUAUGACUUUAAUAUGAAGAAAACAUCAGCGGAAUGCCAUUGUUUUUUGGUAGAACUUGUUGUGGAACAUGUGCUAGCCGAGUGAACAUGCCAAAGUGAUUUACACGAUUUAAAAGUGAUGAUUUUGCAUUGGAAAACGAAGAACUCACUCCUUAACUCUCACUCAAUUACCGAUUUCAGCCAUUUCAAAACGUUGGAUACAUUCAACAAAACAGCAAGACACUUUGGCUCCUAUAUGUAUUGAAGGAGGUUUUGCAUGCCAGAAAUAUGGCUACAAAGAAGAAGUCGUUUUUGCAUCCGAGUUUGACUGGUGAUGAAAAUUUCGUGGAAUGAGAAGAGUGUUGCGUAUUAUGAGCAUCUAAUAUGGAAUGAAAUUAGCAAUGAGAAUUACUAUCGAUAACAUAUAAUAAUGAGCUAGUGUUUGCCGAAAAACACCCGGAAUUGGCAAAUAAAUCCGUGGAAAAAAAUUACUAUCAUGACUACGUUCGGCCUCAUACAGCAAGAGAGCUUAUAAAUUGAUUGCAAAACAGAGGCUGGCGCAAAACAGUUUUUUGUUACUCGCUUUUUAACCCAGAUCUUACCUUUCUGACCAUCACUAGCUACGGUCGAUACAGAACGCACUUUUUGUAAUACAGUCCAUAUCAGAAUAAGGUGACAAGCAGGCCCACUUCUUUUGGGAUGGAACACACAAAUUUCCAGAAAAAUUUAAAAAAAUUAUAGUUUUAUUAUGUAAACUUUUGUUUAAAUUUUGGGAACACCAAUUGAUUUAAAUCCAAUAUUCAUAUUAUAAUUAUAUAAUAUUUUUAUAUCAAACGAAUUUUUCAAAAACCCCCCAUAUUCACGUAAACAUGUUUAUCAUAUUCUAAUUAAUUAUAUAAUUAGUAUCACGUGAGACCCGCAAUCAUCACUUCGAGUUGUUUGCUUUUUUAAUAUUGAAACAGUUGUCCAAAUGUCUUCCGUUUGUUUAUGUUGUUGUAGUGUUUAUCUAAUACCUGCUUAGGUGGUAAGAUUCUACCACUAUAAAUAGUCGCUAAUCCUUAAGACAGCAUGAUAGUAUUUAUCGAAAUGUCGCUUAGUUUAAUACGGUUAUCAGCGGCUAUGCUUCUUUGCGCUUUGGGCGCCACUGCCAACCAAACUGUUGAUUGGUGGGAGUCCGCCACCCUUUAUCAGAUUUAUCCGCGUUCCUUUAUGGACAGCGACGGCGAUGGUGUAGGCGAUUUGAAUGGCAUUACUUCACGGCUGUCAUAUCUGAAGGAAAUUGGUGCAACAGCAACCUGGAUUUCGCCUAUCUAUGAUUCACCGAUGGCUGAUAUGGGCUAUGACGUUCGCAAUUUUACGAAAAUUUCUUCAAUUUUCGGCACAAUGGAAGAUUUCGAUAAUUUGUUGGCUAAGGCACAUGAAUUGGGUUUGAAGGUGAUCCUAGAUUUCGUGCCAAAUCAUUCCAGCGAUGAGUGUGAGUGGUUUCAGAAAUCGGUUCGUCGCGAAGAUGGCUACGAUGAUUGGUAUGUGUGGGAUGAUGGCAAAAUUGACCCAGAGACGGGCGAGCGUUCUCCACCAAGCAAUUGGAGGGCUGUUUUCGGUGGUUCUGCGUGGACGUGGGUUGAAGAGCGGCAACAGUACUAUCUGCACCAGUUUCUCCCGCAGCAAGUGGAUUUGAACUACACUAAUCCCGCGGUGCGAGAACGCAUGAAGGAAAUGAUGAAAUUUUGGCUCGAUCGUGGUGUAGAUGGUUUCCGCAUGGAUGCCACGAACUUUUUAAUUGAAAAACGUUUCGAUAAUGGCACAUUUCCAGAUAAUCCAGUCAAAGCUGGAACGGUUAACACUUUAGCCGGCACCUACACCAUUGAUCAAUGGGGAAGUACAGAAAUUAUAUACGAGUGGCGAGCAUUCCUAGACGAAUAUCAGAAACUUAAUGGUGGAGAUACAAGGGCUAUGAUUAUCGAAGCGUAUUCCCCUGUGGACGUUCUGAGUAAUUAUAUAUCCAAUGGCACCAAUGUCGGUGGUCAGUUGCCAAUGAAUUUUAAUUUCGUGAAACUGGACGAAAACUCCAAUGCGGAGACCGUUGAAACACAAGUUAGCGCGUGGAUGGAUGUCAUAUGGGCCAAACACAAAAUGGCGAAUUGGGUGGCAAACAAUCAUGACAACAGUCGCUUACCAACACGUAUGGGUCAGACCAAAACUGAUGCCAUGACUAUGAUAAUACAUGGACUACCCGGUACAUCGGUUACUUAUUACGGCGAAGAGAUCGGAAUGCCUGAUUACUCCCUCGCUUGCACCGGAGACGAUUGCGGCUUCCGUGACCCCGAGCGGACACCAAUGCAGUGGGAUUCUUCGAAAAAUGCCGGUUUCAGCACAGGCAACUCAACUUGGCUAGCUGUCAAUCCCAACUACAAGGAAUUAAAUGUAGAAGUUCAAGACGGUGUGACGCGAAGCAGCUUGCGGAUAUUCAAGGGUAUGACGGCGCUGAAGAAAACGGCUGCCUUCAAGGCGUUCAAGGAGAAGGACGCCUUCUCUUAUAAAGCUCUGUCAGAGCACGUUUUCCAGGUCGUAAGAACCGCGGUCGGUCAAGAGGAAUAUCGUGUGCUUGCCAAUUUAGGCAACCAAACAGAGCAUUUCGAUGGUUUGUCUGACAAAAAAAUGAAAUACGUACUGCUUAACUCUUAUUCACCACACAGCUACGGUCACAAGGUUGAUUUAAGCGGAAGAAUUUCUCUGAAGCCUUAUGAGGCGGUCGUCUUAGGCUGGUCAAAGGACAAGAGUUGCACCAAAACCAAAAAAGUCAAACACGUUGGACAUGUGAAAAAAGGCAGAAAACUUAGACAUCAUUAGUUAUAACAUAUAAUAUAUGUCUAUAUAUAAACUUUUCUAAUAAAUCAAAUUUUCUUCGUAAACGAUAAGAUUUGAAUCUC